GUGAAGGUCCAGUGUGGUGUGGUCACUGUAUAUGCUUCAUUUCACAACAGUUAUCCCAAUGAAGCCGACUACGACUACAAGGCUUUGGCAACUGAUGAUCAGCCGGGGAAAUUAUUUCUUGCAGAAGAAUCAGAACUUAAUAAACUUGCCCUUACUGUCCUUUCAAAAACUCGAUUUGAUCUCAAAUCCUCAGCUUGUAACAAUCCUUCCUAUGACAUCAACAUCAACCCAACAGCUCCGACCGUUGUGGAACACACCUCAGUUACUCAAUAUGGCCAUUCCAAAAACUACCGAGACAAACAGCAAGUCCUGCAGGUCACCAACACGACAAAGUCCACCUUGGGUACAACAGUUGUGGUGAAGGUCCAGUGUGGUGUGGUCACCGUGUAUGGGUCAUUUAACAACAGUUAUCCAAAUGAAGCCGACUACGACUACAAGAUUUCGGCAACUGACUAUCAGCCGGGCAAAUUAUUUCUUGUACAAGAAUCAGAACUUGAUAAGCUUUUCCUUACUGUAUUUUCCAAGAAACGAUUUGAUCUCAAUUCCUCAGCUUGUAACAAUCCUUCCUACAACGUCAGCAUCAACCCAACGGCAUCCAGAGUUGAAGCGGCUUGCCUUGUCAAACAUGUCCACAGCCCAUGUACUGCAAAACAACUCGACUCUGCAUGUUACAACGCGACACCUGUUGUUGGUGAAAUCAGCCAGUUGCUUAAUAACAGUAUUCUCAAGAAUGGAAAAAUACAAGAACACGUUUUGGAAAUCACCAACAGUACAGAUUCCUCCGGAAGUGCGAUUCUGGUGAGUGUCCGGUGUGCCGAGGUCACCGUGUACGGUGCCUUUAACAACCGUUAUCCUACUGAAGAUGACUAUGACUAUAAAACUUAUGCAAAAGAUGGAUCUCCAGGUAAAAUAACUCUCGAGAGAGAAUCACAAACUGAUAACCUUACUCUGACCGUCUUAUCUAAGAAACAACAAGGCCUCAACUCAUCAACUUGUGACCAUCCCUCCUACACAGUCAUCAUUGAGCCAAAAGGUAAGCAAAUGGUUUCCCAUUCAAAUGUUAUUCUAUAUCUUGUAGUCAUAUAA